AAAGAUCACAUCCUCUCUCCAGUUCUCCUCUCAUACGUUUGACUAUUUGUUCGCGAUGCAGCUUUACGGAGCUCUGAUCCUGUUUCUGACUCUGUCUACAGCAUCUGGAUUAAAAUGCUACACAUGUGUAACCACUGAACCUAAAUCCUGCAACAAUACCAUGACUUGUCCUGCUGGCUUAGACCGCUGUUCAUCUGUGAAUGUGAAAGGUUUAACCACCAAGACCUGCUUACACAGCAUCGCAUGUAUAGGCCCCAUAACUUGCUGUGACAAAGACUUGUGUAAUAGUGCCAUACCUACUGGUCCCAGUGGCAUCCUCCUGCUGGUGUCCUCAGCCAUCAUCACUCUCUUUCUUUGAGGAUCUUGAACAGCUACAGCUUAAAAUAUGUUGUUAUUUCUAUCCUGCACUUUUUUUUCUCACAUCACUUGUACAACUCAGGAAGUAAAUAAACAGUAAAAGUUGUAACUGACAAUUAA